CCGGCACAAACCGCACCACUCGCGCACCACACUUCCACCAGCCAUCUCCAGUCCUCGCUGUCGCUGCCUACAGGAAGGAGCACACGCGCUCGCAGCCCCCGCGCUCCUGCUUGCUUCCCGCGUCGCUGCCGUCGGCUGAGUGGCCCCAGACGAGGGACGAGGGUGGAGGAGAGGCGUCGCCGGACGGAGCUGCGAGGUGUUUGUAGGAUUGCGUGCGUAGGCGAGCCUUCGAAGCUUGGGCAUAGUCAUCGCCAUGGCCACCGGGGUGGCACCGGCUCCGCUCCCGCACGUCAAGGUCCGCGGCGGAGGCAUCGGCUUAACCAAGAGCGUCGACUUCGCCAAGGUCCUCUCCGUUCCCGGUGCGCUGAGGACGGGGUCCUCGAGAGGCAGGGCGCUCGUGGUCAGGAGCUCAAGUACAGAGUCUGAUACCAUGGAGCUCGAGCCGGCCUCCGAAGGAAGCCCACUUCUUGUUCCCAGGCAGAAGUACUGCGAAUCUAUCCACCAAACAAGGAGGAGAAAAACACGGACUGUGAUGGUCGGGAACGUGGCACUUGGCAGUGAUCACCCCAUGAGGAUUCAGACUAUGACCACCUCAGAUACCAAGGAUGUUGCCAAGACCGUGGAAGAGGUGAUGAGGAUUGCAGAUAAAGGCGCUGAUUUUGUUAGAAUAACCGUCCAGGGUAAAAAGGAGGCUGAUGCCUGCUUUGAGAUUAAGAACACUCUUGUCCAGAAGAAUUACAACAUCCCUCUAGUGGCCGAUAUUCAUUUUGCGCCUACAGUAGCUUUAAGAGUGGCCGAAUGCUUUGACAAAAUCCGUGUUAACCCAGGAAACUUCGCCGAUCGCCGUGCCCAAUUUGAGAAGCUGGAAUAUACUGAAGACGAUUACGAAAAGGAGCUUGAACAUAUUGAGAAGGUCUUUUCUCCAUUGGUUGAGAAAUGCAAGAAGUAUGGAAGAGCCAUGCGUAUUGGAACAAAUCAUGGUAGUCUUUCUGACCGGAUAAUGAGCUACUAUGGUGAUUCUCCAAGGGGAAUGGUUGAGUCUGCUUUGGAAUUUGCUAGGAUCUGUCGGAAUUUGGACUUCCAUAACUUUGUAUUUUCAAUGAAAGCAAGUAACCCUGUUGUCAUGGUCCAAGCAUAUCGCCUGCUUGUAGCGGAAAUGUAUAACCUUGGAUGGGAUUAUCCUUUGCACUUGGGAGUUACCGAAGCUGGUGAGGGUGAAGAUGGGAGGAUGAAGUCUGCUAUUGGCAUCGGAACACUUUUGAUGGAUGGCUUGGGUGAUACAAUCCGUGUAUCCCUGACAGAACCACCAGAGGAAGAAAUUGAUCCUUGCAGGAGACUCGCAAAUCUUGGAACUCAGGCUGCAAACCUUCAAAUAGGGGUGGCCCCAUUUGAAGAAAAACAUAGGCGCUAUUUUGAUUUCCAGCGUAGAAGUGGCCAGUUGCCUUUACAGAAGGAGGGUGAGGCAGUAGAUUACAGAGGUGUCCUUCAUCGUGAUGGCUCUGUUCUGAUGUCAGUGUCCUUAGAUCAGUUGAAGGCUCCUGAGCUCCUUUAUAGGUCUCUUGCUGCGAAGCUUAUAGUUGGCAUGCCUUUCAAGGAUUUGGCAACUGUAGAUUCUAUUCUUUUGAGAGAACUCCCCCCUGUAGAAGAUGCUGAAGCAAGACUUGCACUCAAAAGAUUAGUUGACAUCAGCAUGGGCGUGUUGACUCCCUUAUCAGAGCAAUUGACAAAGCCACUCCCACAUGCAAUUGUGCUUGUCACCCUUGAUGAACUAUCAAGUGAUGCAAACAAGCUUUUGCCAGAAGGCACUAGAUUUGCUGUCACUCUUCGUGGAGAUGAAUCAUAUGAGCAGCUAGAUGUUCUUAAGAGUGUUGAUAAUAUAACGAUGUUGUUACAUAACGUUCCAUAUGGUGAAGAGAAGACUGGUAGAGUACAUGCUGCUAGGAGGCUGUUUGAGUACUUAGAGACCAAUGGUUUGAACUUCCCUGUGAUCCAUCACAUUGAUUUCCCUAAAAGCAUCGAUAGAGAUGGUCUUGUUAUUGGUGCUGGGAGCAAUGUUGGUGCUCUUCUAGUUGAUGGUCUGGGUGAUGGUGUACUUCUUGAAGCUGCUAACCAGGAGUUUGAAUUCUUGAGGGAUACAUCCUUCAACUUGCUACAGGGUUGCCGGAUGCGCAACACAAAAACUGAAUAUGUCUCUUGUCCUUCUUGUGGGCGAACGCUCUUCGACCUCCAAGAAAUCAGUGCUCAGAUUAGAGAGAAGACCUCUCAUCUGCCUGGCGUCUCUAUUGCUAUUAUGGGUUGCAUUGUUAAUGGGCCAGGCGAGAUGGCUGAUGCCGACUUUGGAUACGUUGGAGGUGCCCCUGGAAAGAUCGACCUUUAUGUUGGGAAGACUGUUGUGCAACGGGGAAUUGCAAUGGAGGGUGCCACUGAAGCCUUGAUUCAGCUUAUCAAGGACCAUGGCCGUUGGGUGGAUCCUCCUACUGAGGAGUAGGCUCUGGCUGUUUCCGGUAGUUCAUGUGUAGCCCGUAAACGAUCCGCUAGCGGAAAAUUCAGUGUAUCAACAGACCAGAGGAUAUCCCAGCACAUAUUAUAUCAGUUGGGAAAUAAAAUAGAAACAAUGUCGGCUGCAAUUCUGCGACAUCCUGAUGAAGCAUAAGCAGCAUAGAAGCUUCUUGAAAUCACAUCACGGUAUAUCCUAAGCAUGUAGGAGUACAUUUGUAAAUGACAUGCAGAAAAUCAAAGUAGUUUACCUGUAUCUAGAACUAGAUGAUACCCCGCGCGUUGCUGCUACAGUGUAUUCACAAAGGACAUCCCAACACAUGUUGUAUAUCAAUUGGGAAACAAAGUAGAAACAGGGCUGGGCACGAUUCUGCGACAUCUUGAUGAAGCAUAAGCAGCUUAGAAGCUUCUUGAAAUCAUGUCGCUAUAUAUCUUAAAGAAGGUUAUGCUAUUAUGCAAGUACAUAAAUUCUUAUUUGUAUA